AAUUUGCAUGUGGAACGUAAAAGUGAAAACUCAGGUUUAUGCUAUUUCAGUGGUUAACGCAUUGCGAUUUCGCAAUAAAAAGCCCCGCCGGCGGUAGACUGUUUUUGCUAAAAUGGAAGAAAUUGCGAAAUUGCCAUUGCCAGAAGCAUUUCUUGAUUUCCUGGAAGCUAAUGGACUUGACCCUUCAAUUUAUACUGCCAUUGAUACAACUCCACGCUAUAUAAGGUUAAAGCCUGGGAGUGAAGCUGAAAUUGAAGAGAUAAAGACAGAGAUCAACUGUAACCUGGAGAGAGUGAAUUGGUUAGCUAGUUUUUAUUCUCUCCCACAUCAUGUUCACAUUGCUAACUCAAGGGCAUACAGGGAAGGAAAGAUAUAUGGAAUCGAUGCGGCUUCUGGGGCUGCUGUUUUAGCCUUGAAUAUCUCAGUGGGAGAUCAUGUUCUUGAUCUAUGUGCUGCUCCUGGUGCUAAACUUUGUAUGAUAUCGGAACUUCUUGGUGAUUCGGGAUCUGUAACAGGGGUUGAUAUUUCAAGGGAUCGCCUAGCAGCUUGUAGAACAAUGCUGCAGAAAUAUAAUCUGGGUGAUAGGUGUCGGCUGUUUGUUGCUGAUGGAACAGCAUUUUCCCUUUUACCUGUGAGGGAACAUUCAAAUUUAAGAUCAUGUGAAUCUGCAUCGCAAGAAAAGGAAGACACAUACAGGAAAUGGACAUCUAGGAGACCAUAUAAGGAAAGGAAAAGAGCAAGUAAAGCAAGGGAACGCGCUGCUUCAGCAUUGGUUGCAGAAAGUGAUUAUCCUGAAUUAAUCUUUUAUGGGCAGGAUUCUGGAGUUAUUGGGCUUAGCAAAAGUGAAUUAUACCAAAUUGUGUGUGGCAAUGAAUUGUCAAAUUGUGGCUAUGAUAAGGUUCUUGUGGAUGCAGAGUGCACUCAUGAUGGGUCAAUUAGACAUAUCCAAAAAUUUGAGCAUUGGGGAUGGGAAACUCUUUAUCAGCGUGUAUUACAAGCAGAGAGAAGUGAUAGUUUGACCAGCCUUCAGUUAAAGCUUCUAACAAAUGGUUUUAAGCUGCUAAGAGUUGGCGGUUUGGUUGUCUACAGCACUUGCAGUUUGACAGUUUCUCAGAAUGAAGAUGUGGUUCAGCAAUUUUUAAAGGAGAAUCCUUCUGCCGUGUUGCAGGAAAUAGAUACUGCUCAGAAUUGGCCAUGUAAAAGUGGGAGAAUACAGAAGACCUUGCGCUUUGAUUCUGUAACUUCGCAGACUAGUGGACUUUUCGUUGCCAGGUUCAUCAAAUUGGCCACUUAACUGAGGUUGAAGUUACUUGGAAGAUGAAUAUGCAAAUUACUAAUGCCGGACUCUGAUUGAGGUUCUUCCUCUGGGUAGAUCUGAUGUUCUAUCAAAACCCUGUUCUUAGUUUGGAUGAUGGACAUAUUGAUCAACAUUGUAAAUUAUCCUGCCUUUGGCUAAUGCUCCGGAGUUGAGGAGUAAAAGAACUGAUCCAAGGCAUUUUUUCUUUUUUUAAGAUUUAGAUUAAGGUUCUUUGUAUCACAGAGAAAAAAAAAAAGAAUCAAGCUUGACUAGUUUUUGUUUCUCAUUGAAUGAUAUCAAAAAUUUAUUUUAUAUUUUAA